CAUGGAGGAAUCCUUGCGUGAUUUGCUUGCAAUGUGCAACAAUCCACAUCAUUGGGGGGUGGAGUGGGACUGAGAUUGCCUCGCAUCAGCUCUCGUUGAGUUUUGAUUUGAUUCCAGGAGAUAUUCUGCUCCACCUGGAGUGUGAUCUCUGCAGCAGCAGCACAAGGAGAAACAUACACACUCCAAAUACUCGGGUGAUGAGUUUUAUAGAAAAGAAUGAGAGUGAGGUUAGUGUUCUAAGAUUAAACAGACAGCAGUUCGUCAGCCGGAUUUCUCCCCUCUGAAGUGUGUGUGUGUGUGUGUGUGAGAGAGAGUGUGUGUGUGAGUGUGUGUUCUGUUCGUUGCUAGUACUGCUUUGAGCUGCUCAGAGCCAUCGAUGGAUAAUCUUCGACUCCUCGUUUUGCUGUGUACUCUCAUGUGAGUGAAAAGUUGUAGACUUGGACUGAAACUUACGUGCAUUUCUAGGAGAAAUCCCAGCUGGAGGCUGUCGUCUUCCUGCUCCGCCCGUUCCACUCUUUUCUAGCGAAAGAGUGAUAUGAGUUUUCCUGGUGAAGAGGAAGAAGAAAGGAAUGGGGCCUCUAGUUCACUCUCCCAGUGAGGAAUACCGAGCCUUGGUUGACAAGGCUUACAGCAAAUUCGCCAGAUUACGCGAUUUUCCACCUUACGGUCGAAACAGAUGGGAUUACUACUUCCACAAGGCCUUCCAGGUUUACUCCAAGCUGUGGAAAUUUCAGCAAGAGCAUCGUCAUCAAUUGGUGGAGGUUGGUUUGAAGCGGUGGGAGAUAGGGGAAAUAGCAUCUCGAAUUGGGCAGUUGUACUACAAUUAUUACCUUCGCACAAGCGAUGCCAAAUUCCUCUCCGAGUCUUUCAUUUUCUAUGAAGCCAUAUUGACCCGGGAUUAUUUUAAAGACAGUGAUAAGGAUGCUCCGUUGGCAAACAAACAGCUUAGGUACUGUGCCAGGUUUAUUGUUAUUUGUUUGCUUCUCAACCGCCGGGAGAUGGUGCAGCUGCUAGUGCGACAACUGCGUACCCUUGUCGAAGAGUUUAGCCGCUCACAUCAGAGCAUUGAUGCGAAGGAGUGGAAGGUGGUGGUGCAAGAGAUAAUUCGCUUCAUGAAAGCUGAUGCUGCGUGUGAGAUCAGUAGGCCUUUGAGAUACAGCGUGCUUCUGGAUCCUCACCCUUUAUCAAUUCCUGCGGUUGAUAGGCUUGAAGGCGCAAAACCUCUGCGGCUGGAGGAUGCUAUUCUUGCUAGCUACCAUCACAAUGAAGUCAAAUUUAGUGAGCUAAGUUUGGAUACAUUCCGCAUGCUGCAAGCUUUGGAGUGGGAGCCGAGUGGUUCCUUAUAUCGGACUCGUGUUGGUGAAGUCAGCAAUAAGAUGAGUUCAUCAGGGCAUGUUGGAGUUGUGGAGGAGAUACCUGAUCCAAGCCUGCCACCUAAUCCCCAUAAGUAUGUAUUGUAUCGGCCAUCAGUCCAACAUUUGCUUCUAGUAUUGGCUACUGUGUGUGAAGAGGUGCCAGCUAAUUCUUGUGUGUUGCUUUAUGUCGCUGCGUCAGGCAGGUCAGCACGGACGAUGUCUUCUCAUCCAUCUUCAGCAAGCUUGAUGAUGGAUGCGGCAGCCGGGAACAAGAUAGUUUCUCUAACUCCUACUCUAAGCUUGAACCAGAUGACUAUUAAUCAGAUUCAAUCUUAUAUGGGGCCUGGUAUUGAUGGUAGGACGAUGGAUGUUGAUCAAAACAACACCUCAGCAUUUAGCACUCCUGCAGAAAGUCCCAGGAAAGGGUCAUAUGGAGAUCGGAUGUCAACAUUGGAGUCAUCUGAGAGCUGUACCCCUGGGCUUUGGCUUGGGUCAAGAAAAAGUCCCGGUAUGACUAAUUUCCUGUAUCCGAGUGACAUUCUUCCAUUCACCCGUCGUCCUCUUUUCAUUGUGGUUGACAGUGAUAACAGCGCCGUCUUUGAGACUCUGAGCGGGAACGAGAGAGGUGAACCAGCCGUUCUUUUACUUUCACCCAGUUUACAGCCCGACGAUAAAGGCAUGGGGGUUCCAGCCUCUGUGUCAUACCCCAAUAGCUGUGGCAACGUGUUCACAUUUUUCUUGACUGCUCCAUUACUUGCCUUUUGUCGAGUGAAUGGAAUUUCAGUUUCAACAUUGCCGAAGGGCACACUUCAACAAACAGAGAAGCUCUUAUCAAAACUACUAGCAGACUUGGGGAAUGCUCUUGCAUCUUCGACAUCCAUCAGCCACGUCUGGGCUCGUGUUUUGUAUGACCCUUUUCUUCGUCAGCUUGUAGUCAGAUUCAUCUUCUGUCGGGGAGUUUUUGCACUCCAUUUAAAGUAUCGUCACAAGCCUGAGUUCCUACCACGAUGUUACCCCGCAUUACCCGAGGAGGUCCUUCCAAAUACACACAAGGUGGGAAGAAUAGUGUAUUACCUUGCAAUCGCUGUCGGAGCUGCUGAUCAGUUUGAAUUUCCACACUUCUCAUUUAAGGGGACCUCAGAUGAUCAGAGUCUUCUGGAGGAGUUCAGCGUACUUGGUCUCGGCCAAGACUGAGGAAGGAAGCAGUUUUCAAAAUUGAAAGCGCAACAUUGUGGUUUUGUGAAUUCUCAUGCAGGAACCUUCUGUGCUUUAUAGUUAUAUGUAAGAAAUUGAUUUCUUAUUUUCACCGACUCAAAUUGUUAGAACUACAUAGUGAGUUCUGUUUGCUAUAGCUGCCUAUGUUGAUCUUCUCUUAAAACAUCGGGCGGCUUGAUUUUUGCGUUAAGAUCUUGAAAGAUUGAUGUUAGAUGUAUCUAUGUAAUCUACUGAUUGUGAAGGUUUUUGUGGAUGGAGAACUUGAGGACGCCAAUGUACAGCUGAUUCUAUCA